CGCGGCUCAGCAGCUCGGAGCCGAUCAAUACAAGAACGAGAGGGAAGGGUGUCCUGGGCGUUAUCGCUUUACAGCCAGCGCAUGCGCGGAGAUGGAGAGACUCACGAUCGCAGCGCCGCUCCCACAGGCUCAGUCAAACGUAAACAAAAGUGCUCGGAGGCUCUCGCGAGCAGAUUCAACACGUAGCGAGCGACCCGUGCGGCAAUCCUUAGCCGCUGGUAACGCCAGGGAACACCGCGACUCGCGUUGACCGCAGCGCGCCGUUCAAAGGGAACCCCGAGCCGGUGGGCUCCGGCGGCGCGUCUCGUCCUCGUCAUACGGAAAACGCACGCCGGCCGCGUGUGGUCGUCCGGUACUCCUUUAGCGACGUCGCCGCACACGGUCUGCUCUACAGAAAGUUCGUCUCCUCGUGCAGCCAGCUUUGGUUGCCGCUAAAGAAAGACGGGGUCAGUCCGAGCACGAACGCCUUUCUGUCCACUGUGCGCUCGAGAGAUCAAACACUUGGAGCAGGGUGGCCAAGUUUUGACACGUGUCUGCUGCUGCCACUUGCUCGGCGGUGAUGCAUACCUGUUUGGCCACCGAGCAGUGCCUCACGUCUGUCUGAGAUGAACCGUGCCCGCGCUUAAGCGCAGCCGGCACCCUGUUGCCCAAGAUACUUGUGAAGCUCGCCAGCCCCGAGAAUGACGUGUGCUCUUGCAGCGACCACCUAGUGUUCCUGGCGCAGCGCGCCAUGGCUGCAGUGCGGCAGAUGUCAGUGCCACAGGCGGGGCUGGAAGCAGAGGAGCGGGCUCGGUCGCCAUCGCGCGACGAGAGUCGUGGCUCAUCCAGCCCUCGGCGCUCAGCCGUCAUCCCGGAGAGCACAGUGGUUGUAGCCGAGCCGCUAAGCAAGAGUGCCUCGCAGCCAUCAAGCUUCAAAGUCAAGCUCACACGUCGCGACACCUCCAACAAGCUCGUAGUAGACUCGACUGCCGUCAAAGCGACCACCAGCUCCUCGGACGGUGAGAGAUGCAAGCCGAAGCCAAACAAGGCUGCGGGUUGGAAGACUUCUAAGUUUUUCAGCAAGACGAUGUCUUCGGCCGAGCUCCUGCGUGGCCUAAAGAAGCUCUCGGUGAACACUGCUACGACGAGCACCUCUGAUGACCCGGACGCAAAACCUCCUUCAGGAGGGAAGGUUAAGUUUACGAUGAAAAAACGCAACUCGUCCAGUGACUCGGCCGUCAACAAAGACCGCUCACCAGAAGGGCUGCGCAGCGGAGAGGGGUCGAGGAAGUCUUCCCGAGAGUCUUCGGACGGUUCGCCCAACGUGUCCCCGCGAACGAGUAUCGACGAAGGAAUCGUCUGCAAAAAGGAAGACAUCCUUUCUCUCAUUCAUCACAACACGAAAAAGAAGUCGUCUAUUGGCUCCGUCACAGUACCGGUCGCCGGUGCCACUUCACCCAAAAAGCUAUCACUGCGAACGACGCGUUCGGCAACCAUUGACCCUUCAGGCAUGGCCACCGACCCUUAUGAGCCGACGGCCGAAAAUAUCCCCAGGAUCGUGUCUACUCCGCCAGCACCUCGCAGGGGAUCUACCACCCUUGAGCGCAGUACCAGUGAAGAGGCCAAACCGAGCAAGUCGAAGCGCAACAGUGUGUCUGGCAAAAGUGCACCCCAGAGGUCCCUGGAGGAUGCGCCGUCCUCUCCAGCGGAUGAGUCAAGCGUACGCAAAUCCAAGCGGAAGCAGUCAGGUGACGCUGCUCGCGAGGUCAAGAAAGAGACUAACGAAGAAGGCGUCAAGGAACCACCAAAAAAAGAUGAGUCGCAGGUCAAGUGGGACGAGGGCAAUGUUGUAGAUGCCAUGCUUCUAGGGGACGCCAUUGAGGCAUUUCUUAGGGGCUCCAUGGGUGGCACAUCGGCUGCUAUGCCUGCAACGCCCAAGAGGGUCUCUUUCAAAAAAACGUGAAACGUUUUUUUUCUCCAUGUGUCGGACAUGAUGGCAUGCCAAAGGAGAAUAUAUCGUUUUUAACCGGUCGGGGCUAGAAUAUUGACACUUUCAUGUUCUUUGGCGUGAAGAAAGCUGCAUUUGAAAGGAAUCUUGGCUGUGCUCUCUGCGAGUUUCAUGAAAAAAGAACAGAAACUGGGGUAUUUCUUAUGUUACAGUUCACUUAGUGCUGAUACCUAGCUUUUUCCCGAAAGCGUUUCGAGCUGGGCAUUUAAACUGUUACGUAGGCAUGUCAUCGUUGUUGUCGUUGUUCUUUUUUUGCACAUAGGUGUAUGAAAGCUGUGUGUUCCUACUUCAUAUAUCUAAGUGCCAUGACCAUGGGUAACGUAUGCUUGAACUGUGUGUAAUGGGAUCUAGCAGACCAGUCACGGUCGGGAUCGUCUCAAGUAAGUACAUCCUGCUCAUAUUAAAAAACAAUCGAGAAUUGAUGCUAUUGAUCUCAGCCGAAUGUAGUCACCUCAACUUUGACUGCCGUCUGCCGGUCCUUGCUGUUCCGUAAAACCACGUAGUUUGCACAUCACCCCUGUAGUAAAAGCACCUGGUAAUGUUAUACGUCAUCAUGCAUUCUUCACUGUUUCCGGCUUAUUUUCAUCCUUUGUAUUGUUUCCUCCCACAGCCGAUAGGAAAACGAAGACAUUUGACUUCUUCUUGUGGACAGAUUACGUUGCAGCUUUUUUACCCAGUAUAAUACUUCACUGUGCCUGUUUACUAUACAGAAAAAACUUAGCAUCGGAAAUCCGCAGCUAUAGGCACCUCAAAAAUUAGAUGUUUCCUGACUUAAGGGGUCUUACUGUGAUUCAUGUCGCAUUUCGAAAGCAGCCUUGAGGUAACAGGACUAAAUGUUGUACAUAAUGUGCACUAUAGCACUGUUACCAGUGCUGUUUCGCUAGGUGACUGUCUAGUUAUUGGAAAUAUAUGCGAGCCACGCGUGUUGAUAGAAAAUUCUGAAUAAAUGCUCAAAGUUGUAUUUGAUA